UGCUGGGAAGGGCUUACGUGCCUGAAGCCGGGUCUCCGGGAGCUAGGAUGGCGAGUCAGCGAGUGUUCCCACUUUCCUGUGUGGUGCAGCAGUAUGCCUGGGGGAAGAUGGGCUCCAACAGCGAAGUGGCAUGCCUGCUGGCUAGCAGUGACCCACUGGCCCAGAUCUCAGAGGACAAGCCGUAUGCAGAGCUGUGGAUGGGGACGCAUCCCCGGGGAGAUGCCAGGAUCCUUGACAACCGUAUUUCCCAGAAGACAUUAGGCCAGUGGAUUGCCGACAACCAGGACUGCUUAGGCCCAAAGGUCAAAGACACCUUUAAUGGCAAGCUGCCCUUCCUCUUCAAAGUGCUCUCUGUGGAAACAGCCCUGUCUAUCCAGGCACACCCUAACAAGGAGCUGGCACAGAAGCUGCACCUCCAGGCUCCACAGCACUACCCGGAUAACAACCACAAGCCCGAAAUGGCCAUCGCCCUCACCUCCUUCCAGGGCUUGUGUGGUUUCCGGCCAGUGGAGGAGAUUGUGACCUUCCUGAAGAAGGUGCCUGAGUUCCAGUCCCUGAUUGGAGAGGAGGCCACAGCACAGCUGAAGCAGAGCGUGAGCAGAGAUCCUGGGGCUGUGGCCGCUGCUCUGAGGAAUUGCUUCUCCCACCUGAUGAAGAGUGAGAAGAAGGUGGUGGUGGAGCAGCUUAACCUGUUGGUGAAGCGCAUCUCCCAGCAAGUAUCUGCCGGAAACAGCAUGGACGACAUUUGUGGGAAGCUCUUGCUGCAGCUGCACCAGCAGUACCCAGGUGAUAUCGGAUGUUUCGCCAUUUACUUCCUGAACCUGCUCAACUUGAAGCCGGGGGAAGCCAUGUUUCUGGAGGCCAAUGUGCCCCAUGCCUAUCUGAAGGGAGACUGUGUGGAGUGCAUGGCAUGUUCAGACAAUACUGUGCGUGCUGGCCUGACGCCCAAAUUCAUUGAUGUGCCAACCCUGUGUGAAAUGCUUAACUACACACCUAGCCCCAGCAAGGACAGGCUGUUUGCCCCAACACGGAGUCAAGAUGACCCCUAUCUCUCUAUCUAUGACCCCCCUGUGCCGGACUUCACUGUUAUGAAGAUGGAGGUCCCUGGCUCUGUCACUGAAUACAGGGUCUUGGCAGUAGACUCUGCCAGCAUCCUUCUCAUGGUCCAAGGGACAGUGACAGCUACCACACCUACAGUUCAAGCAGAAAUCCCUUUGCAGCGUGGUGGAGUGCUCUUCAUUGGGGCCAAUGAGAGUGUCUCGCUGAAGCUUACCGUGCCCAAGGAUCUGCUCAUCUUCCGGGCCUGCUGUCUGUUGUAGAGGACAGUCUUCUACCCUCUCUGCCUGUCACCAUAUCCUGGCCAGCUCCAACCCCGGUCCCUGUUGUGACUCUUUGGUGCAUGCUGGAAUGGUAGAGUAGUGAGCGUGGCUUUAGUGACUCCAGAGCAUGCCCAGGUUGACCAUCUCCAGGAUGAGGGGUCUGUGUGAAGACUGAGACCUACCACUCCACGGUACUCUCAACACUCCUUACUACCUCUGAGUCAGAUGUGUCCAUUCAGGAGGCAACAGCUGUGCCCCAGCUAAGGCAUUAGGCUAACAAAACAUGCAUGACCCAGCAUUAGGUCAGCAUCCAUCUGAAUGACAGAUGAGGCGAUGUCUUAAGAACAGGCUUCUUGCCCUGGGACUGCCUGCUCUCUCAGCUGCAGAGAGGGAAGGGACAGGCCAGAAGACUAAUGCUCUUACUCCCUCCAGCUCUGUCAAAGUAAUUAAAGAUCACUUGUGUUGAGGAUACAGACUAAAGAGCAGUCAGACUUCGGUAUUCCUGCCCCUGAUGUGGGCGGAAAGAGUUCUCUGAUGUUGUCCAAUUUUGGUUUUAAUUCUGCUUCAUACAACUUCCUGGGGGUGGGCAGGCUGGAUUCCAGAACCCUUUUAUAGGAAGGGGUAGGAGAGGAAGCCAGCCUCGCCUAGCUGCACAGCUUGCAGGCAGGCUGUGGCCCUGCUUCUAGUGAACCUGUUUGGAGAUUGUCUUGCCAUGUUGCAAAGGUUGGUUUUGAAGUUGUGCUUCUGUCUCGGCUGUAUUAUGGCUUCUGGUGUUUGCACAUGUUUAUGUAUGUGCACAUGUUUAUGUAUGUGCACAUGUAGCUCAAUGUUAUUCCUCAAGAGUCAGCCACCUUUUUUCCUUUUUGUUUUUGAGACAAAGAGUUUCUCACUGGAACGCACUAGUUCAGCUAGGCUGACUAGCUAGAAAGCCUCAGUGAGCCUCGUGGCUCAGCCUCCCCAGAACUGGGAUUACAGGUAUGUGCCACUACCACUGCUGGCUUCUUAUUUGGGUGCUUGUGGUAGAGAGGUUAGGGAUCCAAACUCAGGUUCUCAUGUUUGCACAGUAAUCUCUUUACCAACUGACCCACCCCUAGUCCCUUUUAGGUAUUUUUGAGGUUCUCAUUUAGCUCAGGCUAGUGUUAUGUAUUGGGGGCUAGAGAGAUGACUCAGCAGUUAAAAAUAUUUAUAGAGAACCCAGGUUUGGUUCCCAGCUCCCAUAUGAGUUCCAGGAUAGCCAGAGCUACACAGACAAGUAAGUACUCCCCUCACCCCUCAAAAAAACCCCAAUGCAACACAAUACAGACCAACUGCCAUGAUUGCAUUUAUUAUAACAGGCUGUAGAAGUAUAAGCCAAGAGGUCUGUAGAGCAGAGGUCUGUAAACAUCAGAUGGAUGCACUCCUUCCCAGGACUGCCACCUGCAGGACACCCAGCACUCUGAAUCUGGGCACCAGUGUGCCUUUAUUGAUAUUACUUUCAUCUAGCCCCUAACAAUGGACCAUUUCUACCCUUCCCAACUGAACAUUAUCGCCUGCAACACAUCCCUGAGCUUCUGCCACAAAGUAAUGCUUUCUCAUGUAAGACCACCCAGCUCUACACUUCCCUUCCAGGAGCUGGUCCAGCCAAGUAUCAAUGUUGAUCACAGGAAGAACUACCCCAGAGGGUGUGGUUUGGGGGUUGCCGAAUGUCCAAACUACUCCGUCUUAACCAAAUCCCAACAGAAAUAGGGCUCCACAUCUAAGUUCCACAACCAUUUGUAGCCCUCACAGCCAUCCCAUCAAGUCUUUGUCUCCACUGCACUACAUCUAUUCCCUUCCCACAAGUGCUUCAUUUCUGCAGUUACAGAAGGUCUCGAUACGGUCUGCUCCCUCCCUGCAGGCUUUACAUAAGGUGCUCAGAAUGUGAGAUGCCUGCGUUGGGUUGCAGAGUCCCACCGCAGCACACAAGCAGCCACUAUAACCCAGUCCCAAAAGCCAAGCAGAUGGCCUCUAGUUUCGCCCCCAUCUUCCCUCCUGGGAUGCUGCUAGACAACUGAGUAAAAAGCACCCAAGCUUCAGUCUUCAGUGGCCUGAGAAGAAAAGCCUGUCAGGUACUAGCAGGCUUGUGGCCAAGUAACAGGGAAGGCCUUUUCUUUUGAUCUUAUCCUUUCUGCUACCACUUGUAGAAUGGCCACAAGGGCCCAUCAUUCCUUAUAAACCUCUAGUAGCCACUGGACAUGACAGUCACAUGUGUGCCCAACCCCUAAUUCUGACUGUUGUGCCCUUUGUACUGGGAACCCUGUCCACUCCAAGUCUCACCAUACACCUGGGUUAAGGUAAAAGGUAGGGAAGAGGGUCCUGGAAAACUGAGUUCCAGAAAGGCUUGGUAUCACAAGAGAAAUUAUCCCUGUGUUGGCUAUGCUCACCCCCAGGUUAGCUGUGCUCCAUGCCCUCACCCCCUCAGUGUGGGACUUGAACCCAGACAUUGCACAUGCUAGGCAAUCUGCUUGAGCUGUUGCUCCAGCCUGCGAGCCUGUGCUGGGGCAGAGGAAUGUGCCGUAGGAAUAAACCUUGUUAGAAGAGGGAAGUCCCCCUUGCACUGCAAAUUGAUCUAUCUCAAGUGAGGUCCAGGAGACUUAGGUCUCCUCCCCAACCUGUCUGAACAUUUCCAUGUAGGCCAAAGCCACAUAGCUACACCAGGACAUUAUUCUCACUCAAAAGCUUAAAAAGUUAAACCCAGAAAGGCACUUACUGCCCAGCAGCUCCCUCUGCCGGUAAUCACAAAACUGCAGGUUUCUGGUGCCAGCCACAGGAGCCAGUCCAACUAAUAAUUCAAAAACAAACAAACAAAAAUAAAACAGGUAGAAAAACUAAUCAAGGAACUACAGAUAAAUGAACAUACACAAAGCAGUUUCCUUUUAACCAGGGAAGGGCUGAUCAGUUACUAAACACAUCCAGGCAGCAGGACCAGUAGGAUGUUUCAAGUUCAGAAAGCCACAAUCCUGCAUCAUCAUUAAGCUAUAUUCCUUGCUGUAACUAGACAGAUGUAACCUGAAGUAACAACCCACUUAGUGCUUUCUUCAAGGUCAAACCUGUUAACUGACCUUAGAGCUGGAACAAGAAAAACAGAAUUUCAUGACUUGGUCUCAGUUAUAUUCUUUCAGAUACCUAUUGCAGGCCAUAAAGUGCUGUUUUCUGCCUCCUACCAUACCACCCACCAGAGCCUGGGCAGGGGAGCUCUUUCUUUCCCUUCUCAGAACACCCCGACAAA